UACUUGGAGCAGAGCUGCCUGGAGCCACUCCGGUCAUGAGGGGAGCACUACUGCACGUCGCGCACUGGAUCUUUAUCCGAACCGGAAUAUUCUUUGCAUCAUUAGUUGGCGCUUUGUAAAGCUCCGAAUCGGACUGCAUAAACAGUGGACGAGGAAUAUAUGCGCGGAGAUGCUGCUUCUGCUGCCCAUUCUGUGGAUGCUGCCGCUGAGCGGAGCGGCUCCCCCGCAAACCGAGAGGGAGGACACAGGGGUGGACUGGCUGAGCAAGUUUGGUUACCUCCCACCCCCCGACCCCGUGACCGGCCAACUUCAAACCAAGGAGGCUCUGACCAAGGCCAUCAAAGCCAUGCAGAAGUUCGGAGGACUCAAGGAAACCGGAGUCUUCGAUCAAGCCACAUUGGGGCUCAUGAAAACCCCCAGAUGUUCUCUGCCAGAUGUUCCCGCACUUGAGGGUCCAGCGGGCCGGAGAAAGCGUAGCCUGAACACUCCAAACAAAUGGACCAAAAGGCAUCUUUCUUGGAGAGUGAGGACGUUCCCCAAGGACUCGGCCUUACUGGGCCGGGACACCGUCCGAGCGCUGAUGCAUUACGCCCUGAAGGUCUGGAGUGACAUCGCGCCGCUUAACUUCCACGAGGUGGCAGGAAGCGACGCCGAUAUUCAGAUCGACUUCACCAAGGCAGACCACAACGACGGUUACCCUUUCGACGGGCCCGGAGGCACGGUGGCCCACGCUUUUUUUCCUGGAGAGAGAUUUACAGCCGGGGAUACGCACUUUGACGAUGAUGAGGCGUGGACCUUCAGAUCACCAGAUUCUCACGGGAUGGACCUGUUCGCAGUGGCCGUCCACGAGUUCGGGCACGCCAUCGGGCUGGUCCACACCUCGGCCAUGGAGUCCAUCAUGAGACCGUACUACCAGGGUCCGGUUGGAGACCCUCUGAAGUACGACUUACCUUAUGAGGACAAAGUCCGCGUCUGGCAGCUCUACGGUGUCAGAGAUUCGGUUUCUCACACCACUCAACCCGGUAACCCCUCCCAGACAGCAGAACCUCCGGUCUUGCUGGACCUCCCGGAAAACAGAUCGUCAGUUUUGCUGGUACGAGAUUUCCCAGACAGAUGCGCCGGCCACUUUGAUGCCGUUGCCCAAAUCCGAGGGGAGGCCUUCUUUUUUAAAGGAAAAUACUUUUGGCGUCUAACGCGAGAGAAGAACCUGGUGUCCCUGCGGCCGGCUCAGAUCCAUCGUUUCUGGAGAGGCCUUCCGCCCAGCGUCGACAGCGUGGACGCCGUUUACGAGAGGCCCGGAGAUCACAAAAUCAUCUUUUUUAAAGGUCUCAAGUACUGGGUAUUUAAAGACAAUAUUGUGGAGGAGGGCUACCCGCGUCCAAUCAGCGACUUCGGUCUACCUUUGGAAAGCGUUGACGCGGCUUUUGUGUGGCUCCAUAACGAGAAGACUUACUUCUUCAAGGACAGCCGCUACUGGCGCUAUGACGACCAUCUGAGACGGAUGGAUCUGGGUUACCCCAAAGAUAGCACGCUGUGGAAAGGGCUGCCCCCGCAUCUGGAUGACGCCAUGAGGUGGUCCGACGGUUCGUCGUACUUUUUCAAAGGGAAGGAGUACUGGCGCGUUCCGAACAGCGACAUGGAGGUGGAGGCCGACUACCCGCGCCUCAUCGCCAAGGACUGGCUGCUGUGCACCGACAUGCAGUCGGACUCGCCGGGCGCCGAAGCCAAGAGCACCGAGAGCCGGGUCAACGCGCACCCUCACCCGGACCACGCCGAGAACGGCUACGAGGUGUGCUCCUGCACCUCGGACGGCGCCUCGCCUUCGGGGGCCCGGCCCUCCCCGUCCCCCUUGUGGCUCCUGCUGCCCCUCUGGACGCUCACGCUAGCCCUCCGACCUCUCCAACUAUGAUGCCAAAACACAGGAAGUACUUAAGACUCACUGGUGGACAUCCAGUUUCCAUUCAACACGGGACGUUCUCUUUAUGAGUACUAAAGGCUGUAUUUUUUAUUCUUGUUUCACUCUUAUUUAUUUCUCAAGCCAUGAGAGAAACAUUUCUCUAAAAGCCUUGCAGUAUACAUUGUGCAUACUGUACAGUUAGCAUACAGGUGGACUUCAAUACGUUCUUAAUGACAAAGGUAGUUGAUGCUUUAAAAAGAAGAUGACACGAGCAGCUGUGUAAAGAUGUGAAGUUACAUGAAAUAUAGCAAGGAGGGACAUUUAGAAUGUAGACACACAAAGUAAAAGAACCGUUUGACCUUUAUCAAAAGACAAUUACUAAAUCCAAUUAACGAAAGAUUGUGGGGCGGAAGACAGGAAAUUAUAUUUGACUUUUGGCUUUCAAGUACGCCACCAGCUUCAUUUAAGAUCACUAAUUAAGGUAUUAUUCCCCUCUAGGUACAACCAAUUUCGACAAAGCCGCCAAAAUUUCAAAUGUUAUUCAAUUGUUCCUAAUAGAUUAACAGUGGACACAGAACAUAAUACGUCCACUUAUGUUCAAAAAUAGACCGCUUGUGCCUAUCACAGAUUUCUAUUAAUUAUAAAAAGUGUUAACGACGAUCCAUUCAAAUUAAAUGUUGGUCGUAAUAUCAAUACUAAUGCGCGUAAUUCAUUUAUAUAGUCACAGGUUGUUUUAUUUAAGUAGACAUAUGCUCUCCUCGUUACAAGGAAAUUAAAAGACUCCUAACAUAAAAGGAAAUCAAGUUCUCAGUUGCCCAUAUAAGGUCAUGAAAAGCUCUAGAUGCCCAUAAAAGGACUUAAGAAUUUUUUAUUUUCCCUACACGUACAUUGAACAGCCUCCAUGUGCCUAUAUAAGGAUAUAAAAGUCUUUUCCGGCCUCCGGUUGACCAUAUAUGGAGAUUCUUACCUAAUUAAUGAAUUUCAGGAAGAUUUUGCCACAUCCCCAAAUGUUCCCAAUGUAUUUCCAGACCACAUUGUGGUGAUGGCGACAUUUUGGCAGAAGACAUUUAGUUUUAUCCCAUGUGACAGGAGAAGCUUCCAGAAAGCAUUAACCCGUGGCAUUCAAGAAUAUUCUCGCUGACGGAGCUGAGACACCCUGACAUGUGUGUGACAGCUGAAAACAAACCCCGGUAUGGAUGAGAUUGUUAGCUUUACAGGUGUCACUGGGUAGACGUACGAGCGACUUCUUCAUUUUGUCUUCGUUCCUCUCGCUUGUUAGCGCGCAGAACUUUUUCUUCAUGGAUCGUUUUCAGUCACAGACAAAAACAAACCAGAAGCUUGGUUGUAUUUUUUUUUUCUUGUGGUAAUGGAUGCUUCCGGUUUGCAAAGCUUUCGUCCCUUCAUCGCUGAACUCUUUUUGAGACCACGAGCUUGCAACUGGAUUUGUUUUCCCCCUCCUCAUCUAACAAUGGGCUGCAAUUUGAAAGCUAGAAACAAGUAUAUUUGAAGCGCUCCUGGAAGAGUGUUUAUUUCAAAAUGUGUUUUAUAAUGUAAGGUAUUUUUGUAAGAAAAUAAAUCUCACACUGU